AUGACAGAGAGAGAUGUCUUACCACGGUUCUACUGCUGUGGACUUGCUGGUGGAAAUUUCUGUAGUCUUUACGAGCGACGUCGCCCACGGGCUCACUGCUUUGGAUAUAGGCGACCAUGGUGGGGAUGGUUUUGGGGUGAUCCGCAUAUCAAUACUCUGGAUGGGAGGAAAUACACCUUCAACGGCCUUGGUGAAUACAUUACGAUGUCUUACAGUCACGGUGAUCCAUUCGUUUUGCAAUCAAGAACUGGCAAGGCUUUUAACAACAGUGAACCCGUUGAGCACGGAACGGUCUUCAUAGGGUUCGCUGCUACACAAGAUAUCACGAAGGUUGAAUUUCAGCUGAACGACAACAGGACAGAAAUGAGUAUUCUUGUUAAUGGUUCCUCCAUUGAUAUGACAGAUUUCCUAAACGAUGGAUAUGACUCACAGGAUCCGACUUUCAUCUUAUCCUCGGAUAAUGAGACCGAAUCCGAGGGUGAGAUCAAGGCCACGGCUCUCUUUCAACCAGAAGGCUAUUCGAGUACGUCCUUCACAGUGACAUUUAAGAAUGGGAUCUUGGAUAUUGGCGUCAUGGUUCCGCCUGAGUAUUCUGAAAACGCAACAGGGAGGGGCCUGCUUGGUAAUGUCAAUGGAGAUAAAACAGAUGAUUUUCUUUUACGGAAUGGAACGUUACUUACCGAUCAGCCCGGGAAAAAUCUAACAGAAGAAGAAAUAUACCAAUUUGGACAAUCAUGGAUGAUAACGAAUAACGAGUCGCUGUUUGAAUACGGUGAUAGGGACUGGAGUUACUACAAACCAAGUAACUACACACCAAUGUUCUUAGACGCCCUACUCGCCCUCGACCCUAACAGGACCAGAGAGGCCUGGGAGACUUGCGGGGAUAACGAAGCGUGCCUUUUCGACUUCCUUGCUGUCAACCCCGAUUUGGGAAAACAGACGAUGGACACCGGGAACCAACUCGACAACGAACUCCUAAACCUUGAUAAUUUCCCUCCGAACAUAACAAGCGUCACGGAACUUACGGAAACAGAUGCACUACAGGAGGAUGACAUUCUCUUCGUGCAAGUGGGCGUGAACGUUACCUUACAGAUUACUGCACAUGACCCUAACGAUGAUGAUGACGUAUACUUUACUUUCAACGAUACAACUCCGGAUGGCGCCAAUAUAAGCGCAGAUGGCAUUUUCACCUGGACACCCACUAAUCUGAACAUCUCCUCCAUUGAGAUUAUCGCGAUGGACAACCGAGGCGCAGAGACUUCCCUCUCCUACAAAGUCCUCAUCUGUCAAUGCGAGAACGAUGGCGAGUGUGACUUUGAGAGCCAGGCAGAGGGACAGGAUCUCAAUGCUAACGGCUUUGCUGUGGUCACGUGCAACUGCACUGGUGGGUGGUCAGGUGACCACUGUGACGUAGACUACGAUGCAUGUGAGGGUAGCGGGCCUUGUUAUGAGGGGGUUAUCUGCUACGAUGAGCCCCCGUCCUCAGAGGAAGAAUACAGAUGCGGGCCCUGCCCUCCUCAAUUGACAGGCAACGGGAGUAAUUGCUUCGACUUCAACGAAUGUGCUGAAGAUGACACCAACGACUGUGACCAGAUUUGUGAAAAUGAUUUGGGUUCCUACACAUGUUCUUGUGAACCAGGCUAUAGGCUUGGCCUUGAUCAACAUUCAUGUAGGCCUAUCGAUAUAUCCUGUACUGAGGAACUAAUGAAUUCCACAGGAUCUGAAAACUGUACUUGCGAGCCAGGCUUUGAGCUCAUAAAUGGAUCCUGCACAGAUUUUGAUGAAUGUCUGGUUGGUGUAGACCAGUGUCCAUCUGAUAUAGCUAUGUGCAAAAACCUCCCAGGAGAUUAUAAUUGUACUUGCCAUUCUGGAUACGAAAACAUGUCUCCAAAAGAGUGUCGAGACAUCAACGAAUGUGAACGUGACUUGGAUAAUUGCAACAAGACUGAAUUCAACUGUGUGAACACACUGGGUAACUUCUCAUGCGUAUGCAAGGAAAAUACAACAGAAGUCGAUGGAGUUUGUCUAGGUGCAUUGACGCUGUCACUCAACGUUCGUUUUUCAUUUAUCAACGGGCUUGACGUUGUUACCUACCCAGAGACAAUUGAAUCCCAAGAAAUCCAGCAGAAAUUGGCACAAGAUGUCUUGCGUUACCUCAACACGUCAUCAGAACUAAGUGUAGACGAGUUGCAGGCCGUAUCUGUGCAGAACUACAGCUUGGUAGGAAAAUCUCUUCAGAUUUCCUUCCGGGUUGACCUGAAACCCGACUCGUCACUGACCGAAUCUGAUCUGGAGAAUACUUUCAUACAACUUCUUCCGAGCUCACGGCUCAUUGAACCAAACCAUAAAGUUACGCCCGAGGAUACCAACGAAUGUGAGCUUUCUACGGAUGUGUGUAGUAAUGGUAACUGUACAAAUACAGACGGUAGCUAUUUUUGUACCUGUUCUGUGGGUUUCCAACUCGGAUACGGGGAUGCUUCUUGCAUAGGUGGGUAA